AUGGCUAGCGCUAAAGAUGCGGGCUUCGCGCCCAUACUAGCAGCGCUCAGCACAAUGCAGAGCAAUGUUCAGGGCAAGGAGAAGGGCGAGGCCCACCAGUUCCUUGAGAAAUUCCAGAAAUCGGCAGAUGCGUGGACGGUUACGGGCGCGAUUCUACAAGAUUCCUCCACCACUGUCGAAGCCAGGCUGUUCGCUGCGACCACAUUAAAGGGCAAAAUCACAUAUGACUUGCACCAGGUGCCCAAUGAUGCUCUGCCAGCCCUCAGGGACUCCCUGCUACAAAUGCUUCAGCUCUAUAUUUCAGGCCCCAGGCCCAUCAGAACUCAGUUGUGUGUUUGUAUAGCAAGCCUGGCCGUUCAAAUGCUUUCGUGGAAGAAUGUUCUCAGCACAGUUGGCUCAGCCGUUGGCACAACCAAUGAUGGUGGCGACACCAUGCUCGACUUCCUGCGAAUCCUGCCUGAAGAGGUCACAGAAGGCCGCAAAAUCAACCUUUCAGAAGAGGAACUCAAUGACAGGACAAAAGAGCUCCUGGAGGACAACGCUGCCCAAGUCUUGACCCUGCUCGUCCAAUACUCCCAGUCAUCACCCGCGGCCGCCACCAAUCCCAGACUCUACGAAUGUACUGCAUCAUGGCUCAGGGAAAUCCCGGUCGUGGACGUUGUCAACUCCCCCCUCUUAGACAAAACUAUUGCUGCCAUCGAUGAUUCUCGAUCGUUUGAUGCAGCUGUCGAAUGCAUUUGCACGAUAUACAAGGAUACCCGGGAUGUGGACGAAAUGAAGAGUGUCAUCAUGGCCUUAUAUCCAAAGGUCCUUGCGCUGCAGCCAAAGAUUCGAGAGGCUGCCGAGUCCGAAGAUGCCGAUGUCAUGAAAGGCGUUACCCGUAUCUUUGCCGAAGCAGGUGAGGCUUGGGUUGUACUCAUUGCCCGCAUGCCCAAGGAGUUCCGGCCGCUCGUUGAGACAAUACUUGAAUGCUGCGUGAGAGACCAGGACCGAGAAUCCAUCGCCAUCACAUUCAACUUCUGGUACGAGCUAAAGCAGUACACUACGCUCGACAAAUAUGUGGAAGCGAGAGCCGCUCUAGCGGAUAUUUAUUCGAAACUCGUCGAUGUGAUGAUCCAGCAUCUCGCUUUCCCUACGCCCGAAGACGGCAAUGAAGCUGAUCUAUUCGACGGUGACCGCGAACAAGAAGACAAGUUCCGCGAAUUUAGACACACUAUGGGCGAUGUGCUGAAAGAUUGCUGCGAGGCUAUUGGUGUCACAGACUGCCUCAGUAAAGCAUAUGCACUCAUCCAGCGGUGGGGUCAGACAUAUGGCUCCCAGGUAUCCGGCGACAAGGUGCCGCACUGGCAAGAGUUGGAAGCGCCACUGUUUGCGCUUCGAGCUAUGGGUGGCAUGGUCUCGCCGGAGGAAAGCAGAGUCCUUCCCCAAGUGAUCCCGCUCUUGACCACUGUCCCCGAUCACGACAAACUCAAGUUCCAGGCUAUUAUGGCCCUCGCCCGUUAUACCGAAUGGACCGCACACAACCCAGAAGUCCUCGAGGCACAGCUAAACUACGUCAUCUCUGGGUUCAACCACAAGUCGCCAGAAGUAGUACAAGCUGCCGCCCUGGCGAUGAGAUUCCUAGGCACCGAUUGCGCCAAGCUGUUGGGUGACCAUAUCCCUCAAUUACAGCAGUUCUACGACGGCGUGCUUGACAAACUUAAGGCAUCCAGUCAGGAGGAGAUCACUGAGGGUGUCGCGGCAGUCGUCGCAGUACAGCCUGUGCCCAAGAUCUACGCCAGCAUGAAGCUUUUCUGUGAUCCGGUUAUGAAUCGUAUCGUCUCGUUCGCCGAGCAGGCAAAGGAUGACGACGGCGAAAAGGUAGUUGCCGACUAUCUAGGGCUGAUAACGACCUUCAUUCAGUACGUGCAGCCGUACGUAUCUCCGAACGAGGAGAAUCCAGCUGUAAAAUACUGCAAGGAGGUUCUGCCGGUACUUGCUGGUAUUUCGAAGCAUUUCACCAAGUCCAUCCCGAUUCUGGAGCGCGUUUGCAAAUGCUGGAGAUAUAUGGUCGUUUCCUAUCGAACCGCGAUGGCGCCAUUGCUGGGCGAGCUGGCAACCGCUAUCGCCGAGGGCUACCAGGCCUCUAAGCAAGGCUGUUUCUUGUGGGCAACCGAUGCUGUCAUCCGGGAGUUCUCGCAUGGCGCCGAAUUCGUCGAUCAAGCCACAAGUGAGAAUGUUUUUGCUUUCUUUGCACAACAAGCAACCGUCUUCUUCCGGAUACUGUCAGACUUGGAUGUCGUCGAACUUCCGGACAUGAUCGAGGACUUUUUCCGACUUGCCUCAGAUGCGGUUCGAUACUAUCCAACGAAAACCCUAACUUCUGAACUGGCCGAGCCAAUGGCAAAGGCUUCACUCACAGCCUUGACUUUGCAGUCUCUCGAACCCAUUCUAGCCGCGCUACACUUCCUCCGCGAUGUCCUCGACUUUGGUCACGAUCAACCCCCUGUUUCCGCCCUCGCCGGCCCUACCGGCAACGCUCAAGCCACACCACCAGAAAUCCAGAAUGCCGUCAAGCGCAUCCUCUCCAACACUGGUCAAGAAAUGGUUCAGCGUGUCAUGACGGGCAUGAUGUUUUCGUUCCCUGAAGAUGUCUUCCCCGAUGCCUCCGCUGUGCUGCUCGCGCUCUUCAACAUCGUUCCACAAGCCGCGGCGCAGUGGGUGGGCAAUACGCUGCAGCUAUUGCCAGCUGGGACUCUCAAGCCAGCCGAGGCGAAUAAAUUGAUGUCUGGGAUCGCGGAGAAAUUGCAGCAGAACGAGCCGCGGAAGGUGAGAGUCCUGUUGCAGGACUUUACGAACUCGUAUCGCAGGAGGAAUGUCGCGCCGAGGGAGGGUCUAGGCAGGUUGGAAGCGGCGCGGUUCAGAUUCGCGGGUUGA